AGCUGUGGAAGCAGCGCUACCAUGAAACUAGGAGAGCGUCACGGUUUAUUUCUUUAUUAUAUUUCCCUUCAUAAACUCAUUCAAAAUGGAUUCUGCAAAUUAUGUAGCAAGACUGAACGAAUAUGCUCAGAAAGAGCGGCUGCUGCUGAAGUAUGAGGAAGUUGGAUCAGUUGGUCCUGACCACAUCAAGACGUUCAGUUUAAAAGCUGUUGUGAAUGGAAAGGCUUACCCUGAAGGAGUGGGGAAGAACAAGAAAGAAGCCAAACAGAAUGCUGCUAAAAAUGCCUUGCAGUGCUUGUUGGAAGAACCUUCAGUUUCCAGAGGCAGCAUUGAAGAAGCUCCUCCUGCUCAUAUGCAGCUGAAAACUAAUUACAUGUGUUGGCUGAAUGAAUAUGGACAGACUAAUAGGGUUGUCAUAAGAGCUGUGGAAAGCAUCACACCUGGACAAAAUACUUUAACUCAGGGUUGUAGGUUUGUGGUGGGAGAUAAGGAGUAUCCUGUUGCUUAUGGGAGGACAAAGAAGGAUGCCAGGGAGGAAGCUGCAAGGCUGGUGCAUCAUGAGAUCAUGGGCGGUGAAACAUUAGACACUGAAGAUGAUCGAGACAGCGGGACAUCCAGUCUGCAUUGUGAGGAAGUUUCUUCAGAUAUAAGUAAUCGAGUUAAACGUUUGAGCCUGAAGUCUGAUGACAGCAUCUUAAUGGACACAAACUUCAUAGGAAUGGUCAACUCUUACUGCCAGAAGACAAGGCGCUCCUGUGUUUAUAAAGAGGAGAAAAGAUGCGGCCCCCCCCAUAACCCGGUAUUUUUCUACAAGUUAGUGAUUAAUGACACGGAGUUCCCCGUUUGUGAGGGCAAGAGCGCCAAGGAGGCCAAACAGAAAGCAGCCCAAAUGGCCUGGUCUGCGCUGAAAGAGCAUUCAGACUGGGACAGCAAGGUUGCCAGGUCCAAUGAUGGUGCACAAUCCAAGAACUCCCCUCCAACAAGCAUACAAGACUCUGGUCUUGCAAAAGCACCCCAUGAGACUCCAAGUAGAAGUGAACCAAACCCUCCCACAGAUCAGGUCUGUUAUUUACUUUACAUAUUUGUUGCAUUUUGUGAAAGGUUCAUUUCUCUACUUUUUCCAAAGGUGAAAAGUCCAAAAGGGAAGCCUCAAAUAAGAAUCGCAGCAAAAUUUCUGAAUAUCUCUGAGAAAAGCAAAGAGGAUGUGCUAAAUUUCAAAAAAGAGGGUAGAGGAAAUCCUCCGAGUGUAAAAUCACCAACCCAGCCGGUUUCAAGCAGGUUUACUGCAGACUAUGACUCCAUCGAACGACUCGAUAAAGGAUCCUUUGGUUGUGUUUUUAAAGCAAAACAUAAGCUGGAGGAUAAAUAUUAUGCUGUUAAGAUUGUACACUACCGAGAAAAAACUCUGCAGGAGGUAAAGGUGCUGUCAGACCUGAAUCACUGCAACAUUGUUCGAUACCACUCGUGUUGGCUAGAAGACGGGACCUAUCAGUGGGACACGUCUACUGGCAGCAGCAGUGCUUCACAAUCUUCCACUGACCAGCCUUCAAAGUUCCUCUACAUUCAGAUGGAGUUAUGCGAGAUUAAAACACUGAGAGUUUGGAUAGAUGAGAAAAAUAUCCAGAACCACAAAAAAUCCCUCAGAGACUUCAAGAGACGAGAAGAAAGUCUGAACUUUGCUUUGCAAAUGAUCAGUGGAGUCGAGCACAUUCACUCCAGGAAGCUCAUCCACAGAGACCUGAAGCCUGCUAACAUCAUGUUCAGUCGGAACGGCACAGUGAAGAUUGGAGACUUUGGUCUCGUCACGUCUGAGAUUGAAGAUGAUGCAGAGAACCAGAAGGAGAGAAGAGGGUACAAAGGAACACCAUCUUACAUGGCUCCUGAACAGAGGAACAGGAAGUUAUAUGAUCGAAAGGUGGACAUAUUUGCUCUGGGGCUGAUAUUUUUUGAACUCCUUUGGAACAUACCUACUCUUAAUGACAAGAAUGAGAUGUGGGACAAGGUCAGAAACCAGGAGCUUCCUCAAGGAUUCAUCUAUCAUUUUUCCCGAGAGAGCCAAAUGAUAAACUCAAUGCUGUGUAGUAACCCAGAAGAACGACCUGAAGCAAGUAAAAUAAAAAUAAAUUUAGAGGAGCAUAUACAUUCACUUGCAGAGCUCAAAACCAAGCAGCGUGACAGUAAAACUAUCUGAACGUUUGCAGGCCUCACAAAGAUCAACUUAAUUUAAGAACAUGUUUUUUGUAUUCUUCUAACAGAUGCAAUGAAGCUGCUUCAGAUUAUAGACUUAAUGCAACCUGUAAUAUCUGAACUUUGAAGUAUUUGCUUUUAUGACAAAAUCACAUUCAUAUGAAAACAUAUAAAAUACAUGCCUGAAGGAAAUUUUAAAUUAUAAAAAACAAACCCUAAAAUUUAUUUUUG